AUGAGUGUCCCUUUCCCUUCCAUUCAAUCCUUCUUUUCUAAGGAAGUUCCUCCAGGCUCUCAAGCCGAAGAUGAUGAACCUUCUAAUUUGCGAAAGCCCGGAGAUGGAUUUACAUCCUCUGAAAUCGAAGUAGCGCUUAAUCCUCUGUCGCGCCCCUGGGAGCCCUCACGGCAUUAUGAAGCAUGUCCCAUCUCCCUUCUAGAGACCGGCCCCCACAAUUACCAGAUUUCUGGAAGGAUUGUGAACUUUUCAAUUAAUUAUCGAAAGCAAGGUUUCCAUCUUCUUAUUGUAACAGACGGAACGGGAGCCAUUGCGGUCAAAAUCUACUAUUUCAAAGAAUCGGAUUAUCAGCUACUUCUCGGCCAAAGAGUUGCAGUCUGGACUACAUUCAUAUCUGGUUCGAUCAAUACUGGGUCAGGGCCCAUUCCAUUCUGUGCCUUAGCCACUGCUCUGUAUCCUGGGCGCAAUGGUGCAACGCAUAUCAUCAUCCACAGCGAUGAACCGAACUCUGAAGGCGACCGUAUUCUACGACGUCCAUUGGAAUAUAACGUGAAAUCGUACGAGUACCUUCCUGGCCUUAUGACUUUGAAGGCGUUUCUCUCAACCGGAUACGAUCUAGGGGAAGGUAAGAUUCUCGUUUGUGUGAGAAGUGUCGGGCCACGUAGAACAAUUCAAUCGAAGAAGCGUCAGGACAUCCUCGAUAUGGUAGAGGUUGGUGUAUUCGAUGACACAGAAGCCUGUGUUCUGAAGCUCUGGGAGGAUAAAGUUCCUUCGGCUAAGAGUUGGGUCCCGAAUCAAACCAUUCUCUUGAUUUCCAAACCUACCCAUUACACCAGGGGCACAGCUGUAGAUCUCGGCAUUGCGUACAAUUCGAUGGUCGACGUAGACCCCGAUUUUCCCGACGCCAAUUGGUUGAGAACUAAAGUAAAGGACAUGGCCAAGAAGCAGAGUAUAUAUACUCCUUUCCCUUCCGGUGCAUGGGAUGCCGAACAUGGCGCAGCUCGAAUUCUGUUCACUCUUGCGGAUGUAGAAGAGCAGGUCCGCCAUUCCGAGCCAAAGGCUACCUUCACCGGGAAGUUAAACGUCAUUAUCUUCGAAAUGAAAUUGAUGGAAAAUUGGCGUAAAGGUACUGCUUGCUACUUUGAAUGUUGCGGUAUUCCACUUUACGCCAAUAAAGCCGUCGCGAUCUGUAAGAACUGCCAAUCGCGACGGGAACUCGAACCCAACCCACGCAUUAUUGGGUCAGUCAUCGAUGAAAGUGGUGCGAUGGCCGGCAGCAAACUUGUUUGGCGACCCGAAGCUUGGUCCCAGCUUUUCUUUGGGGGUACCGAGAAUGAGACGCAAGCAUACGAAGACCACGAAGCCGAUUUUGUGGAACAGUCUUGGGAGGACCUGACUCUUCUCGAUAAUAAUUCACUGAGGGCUAUUGAGGAGCAGCUUCUCUAUUCGCGGGUUACUCUCGCCUUUGGAUGGUCAUCCGAGCUCGAGAGACUCUGCAUCUUGGGAGUCGAGUGGUAAAUUCCAUCCCAAGACGACAUAUUACGAACGGCCAAUACCAACGACUGUGCUUGACGGUUUGCUAAACUCGAAGGAGGGCCUGGCAUCGCUACGGAGGUCCCCGAAAGGACGAACCAUAGAAGCUAACCUUAACUGUUGAGCUUAUAUCUAAUGAAAUAUUGAAGGUACCUAGCUAUGGGGCACUACUUAGCUUUUUAUUUCCAAUGGUCCAAUUCAAAUUUCGUCACUUCGGAAUUUAACAUGGGGGUGCAAAAUUAGGCCGGGAAAUAAUUUCAAAUUAGGUAGAUUUGACUUGACUCCGUUUUCCAUGCCGUCCAUCUACUGGUUCUAAUU